AUGGUCCCAGGAAACAAAACAUCAGUAACUGACUUUGUCCUUCUUGGGCUGACAGAUCAUACAAGACUUCAAAUAAUCCUCUUUGUUUGUGUUUUAAUCAUCUAUUCAUUAAACUUGACAGGCAAUUUUCUGAUUAUGUUAAUCAUCAUUUCUGACUCCAGCCUCCAUAUUCCCAUGUACUCUUUCCUGUGGAAUUUAGCCUUUAUUGACAUCUGCUACUCUUCUGUUGUUGCUCCCAAGAUGCUCUCUGAUUUGUUUUCAACAAAAAAGACGAUUUCAUUUACUGGCUGCAUCCUACAAAUACAUUUUCUUCAUUUCCUGGGAGGUUCUGAAGCCAUACUUUUUUCAGCGAUGUCUUAUGACCGCUAUGUGGCCAUUCAGAACCCUUUGCGGUAUUCAUCCAUCAUGAACGUACGACUUUGUCUACAACUGUCUCUUGGAUGUUUGAUGCUUGGAUUUUUGCAUUCUCUCUUGCAUACUCUGUUAACAGCAAAGCUUCCAUUUUGUGGCCCAAAUGUGAUAAACCACUUAUUUUGUGACAUUAAGCCAUUGCUGAAGUUGGCUUGUACAGAUACUUCUCUUAAUUUGCACCUCCUCAAUGGUGUCACUGGAAUCCUGAUAACAGCCACCCUCUUCCUCACCAUUCUUUCUUAUGUUUAUAUUAGCAGAUGCCUUAUGAAAACUUCAAAUACAGAAGGCAGGAAGCAUGCAUUUGCUAUUUGUAGUGCCCACCUCACUGCUGUUCUACUUUUAAUUGGAACAGCUUUAUUUACUUAUAUAAGACCUUCUUCACAAAGCUCAUUAGACCAAGACCGAGCUGCUGCAGUUUUGUACACAGUGCUGCCCCCUGCCCUAAACCCAAUUAUAUAUUCAUUGAGAAACAAACAAAUAAAGAUAGCUAUGAAGACAAUGACCAGGAAAUGGCUGUUCUAA